AUGCUCAACAAUUCGGAUCAAUAUUGCAUGCAAAUUAUCACAACUAUCACCUACAGUAUUUGGUUUGCUCGAAACAAUAAAAUUUUUCAACAUAAUGACGCACCUGUGAUUGUGGCUAUUGAGCGAGCUUUGAAAAUACUCCAUGAGUAUCAGCGCAAUAUCCAUGAAAACCGCCUCACGACCACGGCCCCCGAAUCUUCGAUUGUUGGUAACAAUAAAAGUUGGAGUCCACCUCCUAAGGACUGCCUAAAGCUUAAUGUGGAUGCUCACCUGUCGGGUGAUGGCCAUUGGGGUUUAGGUCUGGUACUGCGGAGGGAGGAUGGCCACUGCAUUGGAGCUGCAACGAAGAUGAUUCAAGGGAAGGACGAUGUGUGUAUGGCGGAGGUGAUGGGUUGCUGCGAAGCUUUAGAGCUUAUUUGGAAACUUCAACUCCCACAGGUCGUUAUUGAGAUGGAUUCAGCUACGGUGGUGCGAGCGAUUCAGAAGCAAGAUUUCCCUCGAAGCCAUUGGGGUCAAGCGGCUCGUCGUUGUGCUAGGGCACUCUCUCAAGACAGUCAAUCUCGUUUAUCUGUUCGUUGGAUUGCAAGGGAUGGGAAUAGAGCUGCACAUGCUCUGGCUCGAUGGGCCUUAAUUAAGCCCAAUAAGCUUUGGACCAAUGAAUUCCCUAAUUGUCUUAUUCACCAUAUCCAAAAAGAUAUGGAAUUUGUACCCUAA